AUGGUUGAUCCUGCAUCAAUAAGAAAACAACUACAACGUUCUGCAUCUUCUGCAAGUCAUAUCAUCGUCGCAUAUCGCACGCUAUCAACUACUGUGUCUGAAAACCAAGCGAAGCAAAGCAGGCAUUUGAAGAAGAGAGCGGAAAAAGAGCUCGCAGAUGACUUGACUUUUGCAACAUACCAUACACUGUCUUUGCUUGAAAUCAGUCAACAAUACAGAACAGACCUAGUGAAAGGACUGGAAAGCGAACAGGCAGCAUCCCGUAUCGCACAAUAUGGUAGAAAUACGUUUACUCCCCCUCCCAAUAACUGGCCUCGAAAAAUAGCCAGCUAUUUCUUUGGAGGCUUCUGCAGUCUGCUGUGGUUCGCUAGUAUAAUAUGUUGGAUUUCCUGGAAACCUUUGGGUGAACCCAAUCCAUCCCCUCUAAACGUCGCUUUGGCAGUUAUUCUUAUGUUUGUUAUUCUCUUGCAAGCCUUUUUCAAUAUCUGGCAAGAUUGGUCCACAAGCCGUGUGAUGAACAGUAUCAAUAAUAUGCUGCCUACUCAAACUUUGGUCAAACGCAAUGGUGAACUCAUGACCGUUGAUGUUGCUUAUUUGGUUCCUGGAGAUUUGGUUUCUAUUCGUAUGGGUGACAAAGUUCCUGCAGAUUUGAGACUGGUGGAAGUAUCUGAUGAUUCGAAAUUUGAUCGCUCGAUUUUGACUGGUGAAUCAGAAGGCAUACCAGGUUCAGUGGAUGCUACGGACGAUAAUGUUUUGGAAACGCACAAUGUAGCUAUGAUGGGUAUACAUUGUUUAAAUGGGUCAGCUUUGGGUGUUGUUGUUUCCACGGGUGAUAAUACGUUGAUGGGGCGCAUUGCUCGCUCUUCUUUGUCAGAACCUUUUAGUCGUACCACAUUGCAGACAGAAAUUCUGAGGUUUGUCAUCAUCGUUGGUAUAUUGUCUAUUUCAGUAGGUGCUAUCUGUUUGAUUACUUGGAGUGCUUGGUUAAGAAAAGAUUAUCCGGACUUUCUCAGUUUGUCAAAUGCCUUAAUUGCUGUAAUUAGUGUGAUUGUAGCAUUUGUACCAGAAGGUAUGCCUAUUUCUGUAACUCUUUGUUUAACUCUUAUUGCCAACCGUAUGCAAAAGAACAACGUACUCUGUAAGGUUUUGACGACAGUAGAAACCUUGGGCAGCGUCAACGUUUUGUGUUUUGACAAAACCGGUACUUUGACAGAAAACAAAAUGUCCGUGGUGGAUGCAAAUUUAGGUCCUACCAUUUUCACAGUCGCAGACUGUAAGGAAAUGGUCUAUCAAAUUCUGAACAGCAGCUCUACUAAGGAUACCAGUAUCAAUUUAACUUAUCUGCAUCAUUUACAAUUGGCUGCUUCUCUCUGUAAUGGCGCCAGUUUUGAUCCUGCCACUGCUCGUUUACCUAUUCCCAAACGAUCUGUAAUUGGUGACGCUACUGAUAGUGCUAUUCUACGCUUUGCUGAAGGGCCCAUGAAUAUACUUCGGUCUACCGUCGAUGAGCUUCGUAAUCAAACAGAAAAGAUAUUUGAAGUUCCGUUCAACUCUAAAAACAAAUGGAUGAUGACGCUCUGUCGACCAACAACAGAUGCUAUAGCUGUUUCUUUAUCAACACAGAGAGCUCCUGAUGUCAUGUGGCAGCGAUGCUCCAAGAUUCUUCUUUCUAGUGGUUUAGAAGAGGAUCUGAACGAAAAGCACAUGGAGUUCCUCUCGGGGCUACAAAGUAAAUGGGCUAACGAAGGUAAACGUGUUUUAUUGUUAGCGCGUCGUGUGAUUGGCUGUAGAGAGAAGCCCGAUAACUACGUUUGCGGUACAUCGUCUUUUGCUACUUGGGCUAAUAAUAUGAACGAAGGGUUGCUAGUGCUUGGUAUGGUAGCAAUUGUAGAUCCUCCUCGUCCUGAAAGUACUGAAACGGUAAGACGCUGUCGAAAAGCUGGUAAUCGUUUCUUUAUGGUCACAGGUGACUUUCCAACAACCGCUGCUGCUAUAGCACGCGAUAUUGGUAUUUUUACAACAGAGCAGCCUCACACAAUUCAGAACUUGGAUCCAACCAUGAAUGCUGAUGAUAUAGUGAAGUAUGUUACGCCUAAUGAGAUUGAACAUCCUUUGGAAGAAGUAUCAGAGGAUGGUAAAUCGCUGCUGUUGUCAGGCUCCGAUAUCAUUACCUUAAAUGAUGUACAAUGGGAGCAAGUCUGCAGUUAUGAAGAGGUGGUGUUUGCUCGUACUUCACCAGAUCAGAAGCUACGUAUUAUCAAAGAGUUCCAAAAACGUGACAAUAUUGUUGCCAUGACCGGUGACGGUGUUAAUGACGCCCCUUCUUUGAAGGCAGCCAAUGUGGGUAUCGCUAUGGGUUGCGGCUCUGAUGUAGCCAUCGAGGCCGCUGACAUGAUUUUACUUGAUCAAUUUUCCAGUAUUGUAGCUGCAAUUGAGAACGGACGGUUGGUCUUUGACAAUUUGAAAAAAGUCAUCGUUUACUUGCUACCGGCUGGCUCUUGGUCUGAAUUAUGGCCUGUAUUGGUGAAUAUCUUUUUAGGCUGUCCUCAAACAUUAUCGUCUUUUCAAAUGAUUGUCAUUUGUGUCUUCACGGAUUUGUGUCCUUCACUUGCUAUUAUGACGGAAAAACCUGAAGCUGACUUAUUGGAUAGACCUCCGAGAAAACCCAAGAAGGAUCGCUUGGUCAAUGCUAAACUGCUAUUGCACGCCUAUGGCUUUAUCGGUUUAAUGGAGAUGCUCUCGUCAAUGUUUAUGUUCUUCUAUUAUCUGAGUACCCAAGGUUUGACUCCUGGACAAGUGUUUUUGUCUUUCUCCAAUCUGACGGACCCUGAAGGUUAUAUGGGUUUUUCUGCUAACGAAAUUACCGAUAAGAUCAACACAGCACAAUCUAUUUAUUUUGUCAACCUGAUUAUUUGUCAAUGGGGCAAUGCGCUUGCAACAAGAACAAGGCGUCUCUCUAUUACUCAAGCAAACCCUUUACGUGGACUUAAUCGCAAUAUGUAUCUCUUCUCAGCCAUGAUUGCCUCAUUUGUACUCACUCUUAUUGUUCUCUACGUUCCCGUAUUCAAUAUUUAUUUAGAGACGUCACCGAUUCCCAUCAGGUUUUGGUUUAUAUCUUUUGGUUGGUCCGCAUUAAUUCUUGUUAUGGACGAAUUGAGAAAGCUAUUAGCGCGUCAGUAUCCAAAUAGUCUUUUCAAGAAGGCGGCCUGGUGA